GCGAAUAACUACAUAUUCAUCACUUGCUACAGAGGGGUAAGUUAAAUUUGAUUAGAUGAUCUAGGUUGGAAUAGUCACUUAUCUCAUACUUACCAGCUAUUGAAGAUACUUAUCAUUCACCUAUUUGUUGCAAGGAGUCUAAGUCGCAUCACCGUAGACGUAGUUGUAUCUACGUACUUCUUAUAUCGACUAUUUGUUGAACUACUUACUUGAGGUAGACUCCUGUGACACAAAUCAAGAAGAUGGAAGGUGGUCGCGGAGUUCCGCCAUGGCGUGCGCCACAACCCUCCUACUUGACGGAGAAAAGUGUAGGACAGACUUUUCAAGUACCGGAUACAACUGCGCGUCACCACAACCCUGCAGGAUUUUCAAAAGCCAUAUCAAACAAGCAUCCGCACAAAGACCUCGGAGCCCAGUGGGAUGCGGCGGCAACGAUCGGAACUAAGAAUAUGCUCAGGCAUAUCAAUGUGGUACUAUUUGUGUUUCUUCAGGAGUAGAACAAUUUGUUAUCCGGGGUUGUAAGUGUAGUUUUUGGUAUCAUCUUCAACAGGGACGAGAAAGACAUCGUCGAAUAACAAUGAGAAUGAAUGCGAAUAACUGAAUGAACGGUAGUCAAGAAAUCACUGCAACAGAGGCACACAUAUCAUGGCAUAACAAUGAACGUCAUCGUCUAGUACAAGAACUCCAAGAUGAGAGUUAGAAAUAUGUGUCCACGAAUCUACAGCUCCGCGAUCCCCGAGCACCUUUUUCAGCGCCACGAGAAUUUAGGGUGACAAAGCUAGAGGACCUCAGAGAUCCGAGUCACUAUCAAGCAGGACGCUACAUACCUGACGCUGUGGAGGGCAAGAUGAUGGUGCCGCAAAACCCGAACCAUCACAUUGUCAGUCGAGACACGAUGCUCCAUCGUACUCUAUAAUUUUUGCAUUAAAGAUCAAUAAUGAUAAGAAUAGAACCAACUAUAAUAAAUUGCAUUAAAAAUCAAUGAUGAAUUGUUCUCACCUAUGGAUCCCCAGCAUAAUAAACCAAGAACCAACCCCAACCCAAACUACUAAACUAAAAAGGUACCCCCCAUGAGCUACCAGAGUAUCCCAGAGAAGGUCGUGCUGGAGUCCCGCCGUCGUCGCAAGUGACUCCCGCAACGGGUUGGGUCCCACCUAGCGUGGAAAAGAAGUAUGAGGCGAUGUCGCCAGAAAUGAUGACCGCUGUGCAUAUGCCCAUCGACCCUACCAUACCAAAGACCAGCCACCUGCAUGACUCUUUGGUUCCGAAGAUAUGAGGUUGAUGACCGAGUACAAGUAAAAGGACAACUACUAGGAGAUCUUUUGUUCAACAUUCAUAAUAUCAGCCAUAGUACAAUUAGUCAUGUUGGUCUCGUAGUGCUGCUGGUAUCAUCUCUGUACAAAAUAGCUAAGACCAUUGUCUACUCGAAUCCCAUUAAAGAACUCGUCGGUAGGAAAUUAUUGGAUCUGCUAGUGCUAGAGUAUCUAUUCAUUUGCGUACAUCAAGAACAUCGUCAUGCAUAUAAGUAAACUUCUCCAAACCUAUUCAUUUUGCGGUCCUAUGAACACGUCAUGGUGUCGAAAUAAAGGCAGAUUCACCCGUUCAUUUUGCUUUCAUAACACAAUUUGACUUCAAGACUGAGCUUCAUGAACAACUCUAUUUCUGUUACGAUGAAGAGCUGAAGCUGAACCUGAAGUAACUCUGAAGAUCUG